UUCGCGUGGUUGAAUACAUUUUGUUUUCCUUUUUUUAUAUUAAUUUUCUAGAUUUAAGAUCAACGCGUUACUGCUUAGCCUAAGUUUACAACGUUCCUGCUCCAGCAUCGGAAUUGCUGUAAAAUCAUUCAUCAUCUGAUCGAGUAACUGUAACUGCGAAACCGAUCAGAACUAUACUAUAACAAUCUAACCAAAAAAAAAAAAAAAUAAAGACCAAAGCAUUAAAAAGAAAAAAGACAAAGACAUAGGCAAAGGCAUUAUUUUGAAUAAAAAUUAAUAAACAAUGGCCCCAUUAACUGCAGCAAUUAUAGAAGAAUUAUUAGAAACUGACAUAAACCUAGAAGAAGGAGUCGAACAAAUAGUCAAAGAUCUUACAAGUCAUUUUUAUGAUAUCGGAGAAUUAUGUGAAAAAUUGCAAACACCUUUAACAUCUACUAACGUGGAGAGACGUGUUCAGGGUACCUUGUUAUUGACUCGAGUACUCGCUCACCUGCCUAAAGAUAUGUUAAAUAGACAGCAAUUAAAUGUUAUGGUUGAAUUUUACGCAGCUCGUUUAAAAGAUCAUCACAACGUAAUACCGGCCGUGAUAGAAGGCAUUGAUGCUUUAGUUCGCAUGGUCUAUAUGGAAGGAACUGAUGUAGUUAAACUCUUGCAAAGCUUUUUUAUAAAUACCACCUGUCAAUCACAACUUCGUAGUGAUCGCUUUAAACUGUUCAAUACAUUUCAAUAUAUCUCAGAGAGAUAUGUUUCUGAACUUAAAGUCAUGUCGGGUGAUUUCAUUUAUGGUAUUAUAAGUUCUAUCGAUGGCGAACGAGAUCCUCGUAAUUUGGAUUUAAUUUUUUCAUUUAUGCCUGGUUUUAUCGCCACAUAUCCGUUGCUGCAUUUAAGUGAAGAAAUGUUUGAAAUUUUCGCCUGUUAUUUCCCCAUUGAUUUUACGCCGUCCCCCGGUGAUCCCAGCAACAUAACUAGAGAUGAUUUAGCAGCAAAAUUGACAAAAUGUUUAGUUGCCUCCCCCGAUUUUAUUGAAUGGGCAAUCCCGUUAGCUUUAGAGAAAUUGGAAAGUGAAUUAAUUGUGGCUAAAUGUGAUUCUUUGGAAUUGUUGUAUCAAGGCGCUUUAAAUUUUCCAUGUGAUCGAAUUGAGGCGCAAUUUGAAACGAUUUGGUUAGCUUUGAAAGCAGAAGUUUUUCCCGGUUCCGAGCAUACGACAGUUGUAGAUGCUGCUUUACGCGCAGUUAGCUGUUUUCUAGAGCAAGCUGCCAAAGCGAAUAUCUCCAUCAGUCAUAAUUAUCAGACUAUGUUACUGGGAACAAUUCUAACGCAUUUAAGUGAUGUUAGUCAGCGACUCUUCGAGCCGGCUGCACGUAUUGCUAUCGCCUGUUUAUCUGGUGAUUCAAUAUUUGCCAGUGAGAAAAUUUUUGGAACGUUCCUCCUGAAACUAAACGAUUCGUCAAAUCCUCUAAACGAUGAGCAAUGUUUAAGUGUCUAUACAAUAAUAGGGAAAAUGUUUAAAAUUAUUUGCUCUCACGAUCCGUCGAUUUACAAUAACUUAAGUGCAGAUUUAUGCGAGCAAUUACAUCGUCAUGUCGGUAAUACUUUGAAUGCUAAUGAUAAUGAGGAUACUUGCAAUCAAGAUUUGAUGCGCGCGGCUAUAAUCAUAUUAACGGAAUCGACUCCAUUAAUUAAUGAAGGAAACCGUGCCUUAAUUUAUAAAGUGUUAACAAAAAUACUAAAGUUAGACUUUUUGAAUUUAACUAACGAGCUACGCGUACUUAUUGAACGUCUCGGAACUCUUCAACCCAAUGAAUUGCAAACAAAAUGCAUUGAUUUAUGUAUAAGUGAUUUCUCCACAUAUUCAACUUGUGUUCAAAAGAAAAUGUUUGAAUAUUUUUUACCGUUGGUUAAACAAUUGCCAUUCACUGAACUCAUUGUGAAUUUAUUGCUUCAACAGGCUUUCGCUACUUACUUAGUAAAUGAAAAAGAUAAACAUUAUGUAGCACUCCAAGCGUUGAGUAAAUUAUUGCAAUAUCAAGAAAAAAAUUUCGUUAAGGAGCUGCAAUAUGAAAAGUCUUUAAUUGCUAAAUACGUGAAAUUGGCUAAAAAAGUGGAUAGUUUUUAUUUUCCAAAUAUGUUUCUAGCCGAGAUAGCUGUCGGUCUUUCUUUAGUCAUUCGAUCAUUGCCCGUUGCUGAGCAGUAUAUGGUCGCAACACAAAAUUUGGCCGAAUUGAAUCUUCAAGAGACAUCGGACAUAUAUGUAGCUCAAGGUUUAUUGGGUUUCCUUCAUAAAGAUAUCCGUUUAGAUGAUCAUUUUGAACGUUUACUAGACGAUCUAACACAAUUCUCGAUGACCAGCGAUGAUCUCGAAGCACGAGACGUUGCUCAUCAUUUGCUUUGCAGUUUUGUUAAUAAAAUUGAUUACAACAAUGGCAAAAAUAAUCAUGGAAUUUUGAAAAAUAAAAUUAAACAACUCAUAGAACUGAUUAAAGAGGAAAAGGAGCCGGCAAUCGAUAUUCUGGCUUGGUUUGCUAAGGGAUUAACAAUGCGCGGUUGUGACGAGGCUGGCGAAAUACUCGAAGAGUUGGUCAAAUUAUUGGAGCAUCCAACCUUAGCUUAUGCCGCUUGCGAGGCGUUUAACAUCAUCUCUUCCAAAUAUCCGCAUUUACAUUUACCGAUUAUUAAGUUUUUAUAUAAACAGAAAUAUUUUCAAAUGAUGUUAACCAAAUUGCGUCACAAAUUGGAAACUUAUUGUGAGCAUCAUUUGCAAGCCUUUCUUUACAUAUUGAGAGCAACACCGCAUGCGGUUUUAAAACUGAACAUUGAAAAUAUUGGACCCGCUCUUUACAAAGGUCUGAGCACAACCAAUAUGCACACUUUACGUAUAUCCGUUGAUAUUUGCAGCAGCUUUGUUCACCAGCAGGACGAAUAUUUUGGAAAUCAUUUGUCGGUCUUAAUACCAUUGUGCUUAAAAUUAAUUACAUUUGAAGAUUCAAUGUAUGUGCGCAUUUCUGUCCUUAAUCUACUGCAUGACCUUACAAAGUAUCCCACAUAUUUGUUGUUGCCUUAUAGAAUGGAUGUGAUAUUGGAAUUAGCGUCAGCAUUGGAUGAUCCCAAGCGCUUAGUACGUAAUGCGGCGGUUAGGGCGCGCAACUCUUGGUAUCUGAUAGGCGCACCGGGAACCGAAUAAUCUUCAAUU